AUGGAGGGCGUCGGGGAGGAGCGGGGCGCGGCGGGCCCCCUGGCCGACAUCGAGGAGCUGGUGCUGUGCUCCAGCUGCCGGCGCAGCUACGACGAGGCGGAGAGGGCGCCCAAGCUGCUCGCGUGCAAGCACGCGUUCUGCCUCGCGUGCGUGGGCACCGUGCUCAGCGAGGGCCGCGAGGUCGUCUGCCCCCACUGCUCGAAGCGCACCGAGCCGCCGUCGGGCGUCGCCGCCUCGCUGCCCACGCACGGCGCGCUGCUGGCGUUGGCGCGGCGCGUGGCCAACGCCGAGCCGCCGCCGCCCGCCGCGGCCGCGCUCUGGUGCGGCGCGUGCGGCGGCCCGCCCACGCCGGCGUGCGCGGCCCACGCGGCCCUCGUGGCCGUGCUGCGCUCGCACGCGGCCGUGGCACGUGACACGCUGCUGUUGCGCGAGGAGCUGCGCCGCCUCGCCGGCCGCCGGCGCGACGCCCAGCUGCGCGCCCUCGACGCCGCCACGGCGCUCAAGAUGCGCCUCGAGGGCGAGCUCUCCGUGCCGGCGCCCAUCUCGCCUCCCGCGCCCGACGCCCCCCCGCCGCCCGACCCGUCGGCCGUCACGGCUCUUCCCGCCGCCGUCGCCGAGGUGGAGCGCCUCCGCGCCCGCCACCUCUCCGCGCUGAUGCGGUGCCGCCUCGACGAGCUCAUCCGCGCCGCCUCCUCCCCGCUCGACUUCGAGCGGAUGCGGCGGGCGCUCGUGGGGCUGGACGUACCGACCCCGCCCCCGUCCGCCCCGCAGCACGCCCCCACCGACCCCGUGCUCUUUCUGGCCAACUACUGCAUGGUGCAGCUCUACAUACGCGACUUCUUGCAGCAGCACGACGAGGGCGAAGGCGGCGAGCCGCUGUUGCGCAUGCCGCCCACCUACCCGCUGUUCUAUUUCGAGCUCGACGUGGACGGCGUGCCGUGCGGGCGCUUCGUGGUCGAGGUCCGCAACGACCUGGCGCCGCGCAUGGCGCGCAAUUUCUCCAUGCUGACCGUCGGCGAACGGGGUAUCGGCUACCGCGGCUGCACCGUAUUCCAGUGUUUCGAGAACGAGAGCGUAAUCACGGGCGACUUCGAGAUGAACAACGGGCGCGGCGGCUGCUCCGUUUACAAGGAGGGCUUCUUCAUGCCGGACGACACCAAGAUGGCGGCUGUGCGCGGCGCGGUGGGUAUGCGCCGCUCGCAGAAGCACCAAGAUCACCUGGGUCUCGUGGGCUCUCAGUUCCGCAUCAUACUGCGCGAGAAGCGCAACUUCACUGCCAUCUUCGCGUUCGUGGUGGAGGGUCUAGAGCUGGUGGACAGGCUGAGCUGCAUGGGCGACAGCAACGGGAAGCCGCACAGCACUAUCCUCAUAGCCAAAUGCGGCAAGCUGUAC